CCACUCUCGACGCGCUCUCUCUCUCUUCUCUUUCUUUCUCCUCUCUCUCUCUCUCUCCCUCUCCUCCAUGGCUCACCUCUUCCGAGACCUCACUCUGGGCCAUUCCAAGAGAGAGUCCACUCCUCCGCCGCCGUCUCCGCCGCCUUCUAUUACUCCCGUUCGCCCUGUCAUUGUCGCUCCCGAUCUUCCUUCUCCAUUUGGCCAACUCGCUUCUCAACUCUCCGAUUCCGAUCUUCGUCUCACCGCUUUCGAGAUCUUCGUCGCCGCCUGUCGGACCUCUUCAGGAAAGCAUCUCACGUAUGUUUCUUCUGCCAAUUCACAUGCAGACUCUCCUACUCAUCACCACUCUCCGAGCUCCCCUGGGUUGCAGCGAUCUCUCACUUCUACUGCUGCUUCUAAGGUUAAAAAGGCACUGGGCCUUAAAUCUCCUGGUUCUGGCUCUAAGAAGAGUCCUGGCUCCGCCUCCAGUCAAGGAAAGUCUAAGCGUCCUUUGACUGUGGGGGAGUUGAUGAGGUUACAAAUGGGGGUUUCUGAGACUGUCGAUUCAAGAGUCCGGAGAGCGCUCCUUAGAAUUUCUGCUGGCCAGGUGGGAAGAAGAAUUGAGUCGGUUGUAGUUCCUCUAGAACUAAUGCAGCAGCUCAAGGCUUCAGAUUUUACAGAUCAUCAGGAGUAUGAUGCUUGGCAAAAACGGACAUUGAAAGUUUUAGAAGCCGGUCUCCUUUUGCAUCCUAAAAUUCCCGUUGAUAAAUCAAACGCUACAGGACAGCGGCUAAAACAAAUAAUUCAUGCAGCAUUAGAUAGGCCCAUAGAAACUGGGAAAAAUAAUGAGUCUAUGCAAGUUCUUCGUAGUGCUGUCACGGCUCUUGCUUCCAGAUCAUUGGAUGGAUCACUAAAUGAGGUAUGCCAUUGGGCCGACGGGAUGCCACUAAAUCUCCAGCUUUAUGUGAUGCUGCUCGAAGCCUGUUUUGAUGCAAACGAUGAAAUAUCUAUCAUUGAAGAAAUUGAUGAGCUCAUGGAGCAUAUUAAGAAAACUUGGGGAAUGCUUGGGUUGAACCAAAUGUUGCACAAUCUUUGUUUUACUUGGGUUUUAUUUCACAGAUUUGUUGCUACUGGCCAAGCUGAACUGGAUUUGCUUCAUGGUGCUGAUAGUCAGCUAACAGAAGUCGCUAAAGAUGCAAAGACCUCAAAAGAUUCUGAUUAUGCCAAGGUUUUGAGUUCUACAUUGAGCUCGAUUCUGGGAUGGGCAGAGAAGAGGCUACUUGCUUAUCAUGAUACAUUCGAUUCUGGGAAUAUUGAUACCAUGCAAGGCAUUGUAUCUUUAGGGGUAUCAGCAGCCAAAAUUUUAGUUGAAGAUGUAUCAAAUGAGUAUCGUAGGAGGAGGAAAGGCGAGGUUGAUGUUGCACGUAGCAGGAUUGACACGUACAUUAGAUCAUCGCUCCGCACUGCUUUUGCUCAGAAAAUGGAGAAGGCGGAUUCAAGUAGAAGAGCAUCAAAAAGCCGGCCAAAUUCUCUUCCCUUACUAGCCAUUCUUGCUAAGGAUGUUGGUGAUCUUGCAGUUAAUGAGAAGGAGGUUUUCAGUCCGAUACUCAAAAAAUGGCAUCCAUUUGCUGCGGGAGUGGCUGUUGCCACUCUUCAUGUUUGUUAUGGAAAUGAAUUGAAGCAAUUUAUUUCGGGUAUUGGAGAGUUAACACCAGAUGCUGUACAAGUGCUUAGAGCUGCUGAUAAGCUAGAGAAAGAUCUAGUGCAAAUAGCAGUUGAAGAUUCAGUGGACAGCGAUGACGGUGGCAAGGCAAUAAUUCGUGAGAUGCCUCCUUAUGAGGCUGAUUCUGCAAUUGCCAAUCUUGUUAAAUCUUGGAUAAAAACAAGAUUGGACAGAAUGAAGGAAUGGGUGGACCGAAAUUUGCAACAAGAGGCAUGGAAUCCAAAAGAAAAUCAAGGAUUUGCGUCAUCUGCUGUUGAGGUUCUUCGAAUAAUUGAUGAAACAUUGGAUGCAUACUUUCAGCUGCCAAUACCCAUGCAUCCUGCUUUACUGCCUGAUUUGGUGGCUGGUCUUGAUAGAUGUCUUCAGUAUUACGUAACGAAAGCAAGAUCUGGCUGUGGAUCACGAAAUACAUAUAUUCCAACUAUGCCAGCAUUGACCAGAUGUACCAUUGGAUCAAAGUUCCAAGGCUUUGGGAAGAAGAAAGAAAAAUUACCAAAUUCUCAAAGGAAAAAUUCCCAGGUUGCAACAUUGAAUGGGGACAAUUCACUUGGGAUGCCUCAUAUCUGUGUUCGUAUAAACACAUUCCAUCGGAUUCGAAGUGAGUUGGAGGUAAUAGAGAAAAGAAUAGUCACUCAUCUUAGGAAUUCCGAAUCUGCUCAUGCAGAAGAUUUUUCUAGUGCGGGGAAGAAGUUCGAACUCUCGCCUGCUGCUUGUGUGGAAGGAGUCCAGCAACUCAGUGAGGCCGUUGCUUACAAAGUCGUUUUCCACGAUUUAAGUCAUGUUUUAUGGGAUAGUUUAUAUGUAGGGGAGCCCUCAUCUUCUAGGAUCGAGCCUUUCCUUCAGGAGCUUGAGCGGCAUUUGCUCAUCAUUUCUGACACAGUGCAUGAAAGAGUUCGAACAAGGAUUGUUACUGACAUAAUGAAAGCUUCUUUUGAUGGAUUCUUACUUGUUUUGCUUGCUGGAGGCCCUUCGCGUGCCUUUUCCCGGCAAGAUUCCCAAAUAAUUGAAGAUGAUUUCAAAUUACUCAAAGAUUUAUUCUGGGCAAAUGGUGACGGUUUGCCAUUGGAGAUGAUUGAUAAGUUCUCAACCACAUUGAGAGGCAUUAUUCCUCUUUUACGAACUGAUACAGAAAGUAUCAUAGAACGGUUCAAACGUGUGACGGUAGAGACAUUUGGAUCUUCUGCAAAAUCCAGGCUUCCAUUACCUCCUACUUCAGGGCAAUGGAAUCCAACUGAGCCAAACACUCUUCUACGCGUUUUGUGCUACCGCAAUGACGACGCAGCUUCAAAGUUUCUAAAAAAAACUUACAAUUUGCCUAAGAAGUUGUAAUAGCCAGGUGAAUGGAAGAGAUUAAUGCUUACUCCCCCACAAAAUGGUUGCUCUUCUACGGGAUCCCCCUUAAUGAAAAAGAUCUAAAAACCCAUUCUUUCAUCUCGUGCCGCCGCCGCUGCUUGGGUUUUGGAAAGUCGAACCUUAGAGGGGAGGGGAGGGGAAUGAUGAAGCUUCGGAAGAAGGUAGGUAGAUAUUUAUUUAAUUGCUUUUGUCUUAGAAGGGUAUCCCUCCACUAGGGCAGGCACAAUCUCAGGAAGGUCAUUGUUAAUUAUUCUUUUUUUUUUUUUUUUUUUUUUUUUUUUUUUUUGGUUUUUGGGCUUUCUCAUUUUGGUACGGUAUACAAUGAUUAUAUGUUAUAGGAGAUAGAAUCCUUAUCAUCUGGCCUGUGUAUUCUAUUUUUUAUUUACUAACGCUAUUCCGGAAUUAGUGUGUAUUAUAUUUAUAUAUAUAUAUAUAGCACAACCCUUUUUCUUGAUUUA